GCUGCUCGACGUUGGCGAAUCGAUCGGCAGCUGGCUGGUUUCAAACCCUGGCACUGUGCCGGCCAGUGAAUUUGUCGGUGUGUCUGCCUUUGCACGCGCGGACGACCUGAACCUGAUCUCAAAUGGAGCGCGGUCGCGCAACGUUAACGCAAAUGAUGCCCUGUUUGCAACACAAAGCCAGACGAGCCUUCACGGUCGAACUACAACCGACCCAGAAAAAGCAGACCGUUCGCCCAGCAGCUCCAAGAUUCAAGUUGAUGACGUGAGGAGUCCGACCCCGAAGCCAAGCCUGCCUAUGGACAGAGCCUCAAAAAAUGUAGACAGGGAUGAGACGAUUUACGAGACGCUGGAGCCGGAACUCGAAUUGGCCUUAGCGCGUGGCCGCAGCGAUGACAGGAGCCGCUUACAUGCGGUAAGAAAUGCCAACAUCAAACUGAGCCCUCAGCAUGGACAACCUUCGUCUCCCUCAUUGAUUUUUCGCAUUUGGAAUUCUUUUCGGCAGGCUGGUAGGAUCAGUUACCGGACCACGGGGCUCAAAAUUCGUGACCUGCCGAAUUGGCCGCGCAGUCCCCACUACGAAAGCACACUUGCUAGCAUGCUCGAACGCUUGAGUGAGCAGCUGAUUUCGGCAAGCGGAAUAUCAGUCCCGAAGCCGAGACCCCUUGCUGAGCCAAAAAUCCUUGCGAAAAUUUUUGGGACACUCUCUCCUGAACUAGGAGGUGCAGCUCACGAACUGCAAGCUAUGGCGGAGGACCUGUUCACCCUGACAGCACACGCCGUCCACUCCAUUACGUAUAUGGUCGUGUGGUUUUUCAUUUUGUAUCCUGCAAUCAACUCGGCAGCGAUUCCUGUACAGGGGUUCACAGCGGCAAUAUCCUUGCUGAAUAGCGUGCUACUUUUUGGCUUAUUUCCAGAAGAAAGGUACUUUUAUAGAUUAUUAUAAUAUAUUUAUGAUAACUUCAUUGACAUUGAUCCUACUUCAGGUUCAGCACAGACGUAAGUUCCUCGGGAAUACAUACACUUUCUUCUUCAUGAUGAGUCUACAUGACAAGAAGAACAAGGACUCAGGUUCGAUAGAUCAAGGUAAAAAAAGUACACGAUGAGGUUUCAACAUGUUUUUCUAAAAAUUCUUUUUCUCAACCAUUCACAAAAAAUCAGGCUACUUGUGGUUUAUGAGCUCCUAUAUAUAACUCAUACUUUUACUCAACCAUUUACAGGCUCACACCACUCUGGGGGUUUCUGUGCGUGGUCUGCACGUUUGCUGCUUGCGGGGUAUACGCUUUUCUCUUCGUUAUUUCCGCGCGACAGGUCGGCGGACAGGCUGUGGGAGCAGCGCGCGAGUGGAUAACGCACGAUUAUGCGAAAGAUAUUCGCGCUGCUGGGAGACGUAUUCCUCGUUGUUCUGAGGAUGCGAGUGAGCUUCUGAAUCGCUUUAACAACUACAACACCAGGAGCAGUAGUUCUUCUAGGAGUCGAGUUUCGGAGGCUGAGGAGAGUAGACGUGGCGUUGAAGAAGAAGAUAAUGAUGUUUACGCACGUAGAAGCUUUGUCCGAAGAGCAAUCGGUAUUCUUGAAGAAACGAUUGCGGCACUGCUCAGGACGAGUGUGGCCGCGUAUGGUGCUGCAGCAAGGCCAAACACCACUAACGAACAGAAGGCCGCGAGAGCGUCCGUCAAGGCGAGAGAGCCACGACUCGUGAAUCGAAAUUCCACCUCCGGUGAGUUCUCUUCAUCUUCGAAAGCUCGAGAAGGAGAGCAUAACUACAGAGCACUCAGAGUAGCGCGAAAACGACCACGAAGCGCCCGCGAAGGUGAGCGGCUAAGUCACGCACAGAUUCUGCGGAGUCCGGGUGACAGAGCUACUACGGUGCAGGAUGAGAGUAUAUCAUCAUUUCUUGUCCAAAGUGGGUUUGAAGACGCGAACGAGCAAGAGAAUAGCACGUCUAGAGCAAUUUAUGCGGACACAGGCGAACCAAUUGCUUCCGGCGAAGACGAGCAGACAGGCAAAGUGAGCGUUAUGGUCGUCGAAAGCGAUGCUGUCAGGCCUUCGAGAGGUAACAAUUUGCAUAUAGUCGUCGGUGAUAGAUAGAGAUAACUAAGAAGUGCCUAACAUCAAAAGUUCCCUGCGUUGUUCGCCUGCAUCUUGGUAUUCAUAUUGCCAUCAUUAGUUACAGAAAAAACGCAAAUAGUGCACUCACGGAAGCGAAUACCAUACUCAUCCAUUAAGAUCAGCAUGAAUCACCCACGCUUCAUUCCGCGAAGACUAUAUAUCAGUUUUAGAUUGAUCGACUUAACGCUUCACUGAUUAUUACAACCUCAAAAUAUUUACACAUCAUGCUGGUCCUCCAAUUUCUUUCAGGCGAAAGUGGGAUUUUUCUGGAGCCAGAACCAUUACCGCAAAGUGAUACAGAAGUGAUGCUUUUGCAGAGGUACAGCUACAGAUCAAAGAAAUGAAUUUGAAAUAAUCGAGUUUCUGAUACCCCAUGAACGACGAGACCCAUGACUGUACACUGUUGAGUUCUUUGAAGAACAGCAAGAAUUGCAGCAAGCUAUCACGACAUCACUCUCAUGAUCAUGAUCGUCUUUGCAACAAAUGAUAAAAUCUACAUCAGGUCUCGUUCUGCUAAACAGGGACGCGAAAUGGAGCCGGAAAACAACCGGGACGAGGAAUUUUUGAACAACGACGAAGAAGAGGAAGAGGUUCCGUCAGACGAUGAGGAAUAUCCGCGUGCCGAUGGUGCCGAACUGUCGGAGUUUAGCGAUAUUUCAUCGAUCUCAGGAUCAGAAGAGAGCGCCACGAAUUGUGAGUCAUCCGGGGCUGAAGCACCUUCGCGGAGAAAGCGAAGAAACAAAAACCGUGACAUUCUCGGAAACAAGAACCUCGGAAGAGGUGCGAACACCGAUCCUCAGACCGCAGCGCCUUUUGCUUUUGAAGACCAACUUAGCAUUUUCCAGGCGACAACGGUCGAUCAACGGUUCAGCCAAGGACGAAGCAGCGGUUCGGACAAUGCCGGAGUACCUUUUCCCGGCGGGCUCUUUGGCGCAUGUUGUUCCUCGGUAGAGCCUCAGCAUGAACUUGAUUUCGAGAACUUCAAGGUCAUCGAAUACGUGUCCCCUCAUGACCAUUACGACGAUGAAGCGGAAGAGGUGGCAACUCCAUUGCGCAUAGAGCAAACGCAAUAUCACAUUAUCGCAAGAAGCCCUGUCAAUGCUGACAGCGGGGAAGCUAAACGAGAAGAACUGGAUUGAUGACUUUUCAGAUCUACAUAAUCAGGAUUUUCACAAUUUACAUUUAGUAUUUGUUUUACCAGAUCACCUUCUUUACCAUGUGACCAAGACCAUACAUUUUCGACUGCAAUUAAUCUGCUGCGAUUUUUAUGUACAGAACGUUGCUAUGGUACUCCGUUCGGGACAUACUCUAGUAUGCAUAGAACAUCACAAUCAUGUACAGACACGGCAGUCAUUAAUAAGUUUGCAACAGCUUCAUGAUCCGGAAACCAUCAUUUGGACGACAGGGUGAUAUGAACUUAGUCCUUGGCAUUGCAAUGAUCUUGAAGAGAUAUUCGUCUGGAU